AUGGAUGUUGAUCAUGAAAAGAAAAAGUGCAACCAUGAUGAAGAAAUAAAACAACAUCAAGACCUUGCAUAUACUCAAGAUCAACUUGUUGAUAUCUUAUUAGAUUUUUUGGAUCCUUAUAAAGAUUUUGACAAUGCUGAACUAUGCAAGCAAGAGUUACAUAUAGAAAUUGCCAUCUUUCUUAAUUCCUUUAUUGAUCAUAUUGAAACAACAAAUAAAGAUGAAA